AUGGCACGUCUGUUGGAUCUUCCAGCUGAAGUGAUUCUCGCCAUCGUUGACUACCUACAAACGGGUACGAAGCAGGUACCACUGCUAUUCCAUGAACUUGGGGAUGCCUACCGCUACGCGAUCGAGCAGGGUCCUUCACCAAUCGUCAAAGACCUUCAUUCUUUCCUGCUUGCCACCUAUCGCUUAAAUGGUCUUCUUCUACGGCCGCUGUUCUAUCGUAAUAUAUUUGUCCGCAGAUAUUAUCGUUACGGCGAGCCGGUUCCGCUGCAGCAGCUAAACAGCAGUCUUGAGAAUGACCCAAGUCUCGAGGAACAUAUCAUCUCGGCGACCAUUCCGUGUGAUUACUCGAUUCAUGAUAUUCAUCAAUUCUUUUGGCUCUCCAACAUACAAGCCCUUGCCAUUCACAAAUUCAGCGAUUGGGAGCCAUUGGAAUUUGAAAACAACUCACAUAUUGGCACUUCGCCCGUCGAAUCUCUAAAGCUGAUUGAUUGCGGGGCGCACGAAGAGGCUCUAGCCGCUGUAUUAAGCUGGCCGGCAGCUUUGAAGACGCUUCACUACGACGCCGACCAAGGCGAGUGGGAGGGCCAUCUCGGGGACGAGCUAGCUAAGAGUUGGACAUGUGCUGCUUUUGUGCGCGCGUUGCAAUCGCAAAAGACAACUUUGACAGAACUGACAAUGACACGCCCAUCGCUUGUACAUGAAGGGCUGGGGGAUGGACCUCGCAUUGAUCUGAGCGAGUUCACUUCCCUUAAAACCCUACGAAUUUACCAUGUCUUCCUCUGCGGAUGGGAUGAUCCGCGUGGGGUCUGGAAAGGCUUACCUCGCAGUCUGGAGGUGUUGGAGAUAUUUUACGACGAUACAGACCUCACUAAGUUCAUAUGGGAGAGUGAUGAUUCGCCAUACGAUACUUCUGUUCUUGAUUUGAUCCAGCACAAGAGGGCGCAUCUUCCAUAUCUGCACACGGUGAACAUCCACUCAUAUGAAGCAAUCUUCGAUCCCGAAACAGAUGAGUUUUUGCCAGUGGGACUCUGGACCCUCCCUUCUUCGCUCGCGCGUGAAGCUCAAUCCGCGGAUGUAAAGCUGAAUGUGUGGCUGGGAGACCGGGAUCCUCCGGAUUUUAAGAAAGCCGAUGUUUUCGAGUUACUGAAAAUCAGUUAG